AUGUUCAUAGAUGAAUUCAAACAAUUGAAAAAAAGCACAGGUGGUCUUCUUUCAUUCAAUAACUUCCUUUCGACAAGUACGAGUCGUGAUAUUUCACUUCGAUUUGCGCGACGUUCCUUGAACACAGAAGGUCUCGUAUCGAUCCUGUUUGAAAUUCAAGUAGAUCCAGCAAUUCGAUCCAUUCCAUAUGGAUCAUUACGUGAAGUUAGUUAUUGUUCAACAGAAAACGAAGUUCUCUUUUCAAUGCAUUCAGUCUUUCGAAUUAAUGACAUUGAACAUAUGCAUGAUCGCAUAUGGAAUAUUCAGUUACAAUUAACGAAAGAUACUGAUCUGCAGUUAUGCAAAUUAACGGAUUACAUGCGUAACCAAAUUUGUGGUCCAAAUGCUAUACAUCGUUUAGCAUCGUUUAUGAUGACCGUACGUAAAUGGGAUACGGCCAGGGACGUCUUUGAAACUAUGCUUGUGAAUGGAGAGGGUAGGAAUGGCAAUGAGCUAUCGUAUAUCUCACACAAUGUCGGUUGGAUUUACGAAGAGAAGGGUGAUUUGGGCAAAUCUCUUGAAUAUUAUCGAAAAUCAAUUGACUUCGAUUUGGCAAUGGAACAUUAUCAACGUGCGCUAACGAUCGAACUGGCAUGUUCGUCACCUGAUCAAAACAAGAUUGCAUCACGUUAUAUGAAUAUGAGUGAUCUUCUACGACAACUUGGGCGAUUAGAAGAACCACGUGAGAAUGUCAAACGUGCGUUGGACAUCCGGUUGAAUACUCUGCCAUUGACACAUUCUGAUCUAGCGACAACCUAUGGUCAUCUAUUUGAUAUUUGUCUGUUGAUGAAUGAUUAUGAGCUAGCUCUCGAAUAUGCCAACAAAUCCUUGUAUAUCUGUCAAAAAGCAUAUUCUGUCAAUGAUUUUCGUAUCGCGACCGCUCACAACAAUGUGGCUGCAGCUUUAGAUUAA